GGCACCCACUGCUAGAAACCCUUGCAGCUUGUCGCCUCUCACUUCUCCCCAGGACCUCUAACCGUAGGUGUUGACUAUGCCGCGCGGAAGCAGGAGCCGGACCUCCCGGGUGGCUCCCCCGGCCAGUCGGGCUCCCCCAAUGAGAGCUGCACCAGCACCAGCAGCUCACCCUCCAGCAGCAGUACCACCAUCUGCAGUUGCCCCUCCUGCUGCUGCACCCAGGCAGCCAGGUUUGAUGGCCCAGAUGGCUACCACCGCAGCAGGAGUCGCAGUGGGCUCAGCUGUCGGCCACACUAUUGGUCAUGCCAUUACUGGUGGCUUCAGUGGUGGGAGCAAUGCUGAGCCUGCAAGGCCUGACAUCACCUACCAGGAGCCUCAGGGAGCCCAGCCAGCGUACCAGCAGCCGCAGCAGCAGUUGGGCCCCUGCCACUACGAGAUGAAGCAGUUCUUAGAGUGUGCCCAGAACCAAGGUGACCUCAAGCUGUGUGAGGGCUUUAGUGAGGUGCUGAAGCAGUGCAGGUUUGCAAAUGGAUUAGCCUAAUUGAGACCUUCAAAAGAAAGAAAUGGAAAAAUCAACUCUGAAGACCAAUCUAAUUUAACAUAAUCCAUAAUUAGUAGUGAAA